CCUUGCUUUCUGGAUGGCGGAGCGGGAACCGGAGCCGGAGCCGGAGCCGGAGCCGGAGCCGGAGCUCCCGCUGGGGGACGGGCUGUUCGCCGACGCUUUCACGGAGGAGACCCGUUUUCGCUUCUGCGGCCACGAGCUGAGCAUCGCGCAGCGCUUUGGGGCGCGGCUCGGCGUGGCGGCCCCGGUGUGGGACGCGGCCCUCAGCUUGUGUGGCUACUUUGAGCAGCAGCAGUUGGACUUUGGCGGAAAGAGGGUGAUUGAACUGGGGGCCGGGACCGGUGUCGUGGGCAUCCUGGCUGCAUUGCUGGGUGGGGGGGUGACGUGGACCAUCACCGGACCUGCCCCUGGCCCUUGGAAGCAGAUCCAGUGCAACGUGCGAGCCAAACGUGCCAGGCCCGCCGGCCGGGCACGGGUCCGGGCCCUGCGCUGGGGGCAGGACCAGGGACUGUUCCCGGGCGACUUCGACCUGGUGCUUGGUGCGGACAUCGUCUACCUGGAACCCGAGUUCCCGCAGCUGCUGGCCACUCUGCAACACCUGUGCGGGUCCCGCGGCACCGCACUCCUGGCCGCCAAGAUGCGCGAGGAGCACGGCACUGGACGCUUUUUCCGCUGCCUGCUGCCCCGUGCCUUCCACGUGGAGCUGGUGCAUUGCGACCAGGAGCAGAACAUCCACAUCUACAGGGCCACGCCCAGGGGGGCCGGACCCCCGGCCUGAAGGGGCCGCACCCGACCCCCGCGUCCCCGUCGAGGGCCGGGCGGGGGCAUCCCCGCCCCGGAAUCUUGCCCACCGCUACCGCUGUCCGGUUUCUGCCCUCCUGUGGCGGGGGCCGGCUGGAAGCGCGGCCGAACGGUUGGCCGAGUGGUCCCGGGAGAGGAGGCCCGGCCGUCCGGGCCGUCACCGGGCCCCUUUGGACGCUUUGGUCAUUAAAGCCCUCCUGGAGCCCAA